AUGGCGACCGCGAGCGGACUCCGACUCCUGGUGAAUUUAGGCAGAUGGCACCGGGACAGAGGAGUAGUACCGCAGUCCCGGGCGCUCGCCGUCCUUGUACCCGGCGUCUCCCAGGUAGAUAACAAGUCCGAUUUUCUGGGGAAGAAGCCCCAUCGCCAGCACCCCGGCAUCCUGAAGCUCCCUCAUGUGCGACUGCCCCCGGCCCUGGCUAAUGCCGCGCAGUUACUGUUGCUGGGUAACUCAGCGUCCAAUGUGGAGAAGCAAGUGCAAGCACUGACCAAUUAUCUGUGGAGCCGACAUUUACCUGUAGAACCAGAGGAAUUGCAAAGACGAGCGGUGCAUCUGGAGAAAAAAAUCCUGGAAAACCCAGACCCAGUGCAGACAGAGGAGAAACUUCAUCAAGCUGUGCUGAGUGCCCUCUGUAGGACUACCUACCAUUGGCAGAAACUGAGCUACAAUGAGGGACUGAGUCUGGUGUAUAUGGCAGCAAGACUGGACGGUGGCUUUGCAGCGGUCUCCAGGGCAUUCCAUGAGAUCCGGGCUCGGAUUCCAGAGUUCCAGCCACAAACUUUGAUGGACUUUGGCUCGGGUACUGGUUCUGUCACCUGGGCUGCUCAUAAUACUUGGGGCCAGAGUCUACGUGAAUAUAUGUGUGUGGACAGCUCAGCUGCUAUGUUGGAUUUAGCAGAAAGGCUACUGAAAGCUGGUUCAGAAUCUGAGGAGCCUUAUAUUCCAGGUGUUUUUUUCAGGCAGUUUCUCCCUGUCUCACCCAAGGUACAAUUUGAUGUGGUGGUAUCAGCUUUUUCCCUAAGUGAACUUCCCAGUAAAGCUGACCGCAAUGAAGUAGUUCAAACUUUGUGGCGCAAAACAAGUCAUUUUCUGAUACUGGUGGAGAAUGGAACAAAGGCUGGACACCGCCUUCUCAUGGAUGCCAGGGACCUAGUCCUUCAGGGAAAAGAGAAGUCACCUGUGGACCCUCAAUCUGGUUUUGUCUUUGCUCCAUGUCCCCAUGAACUUCCUUGUCCCCAGUCGACAGCUUCUAAGCCCCUGGCCUGCAGCUUCUCCCAGCCUUACCAUCCCAUCCCCUUCAGCUGGAACAAGAAUCCAAGGGAAGAGAGGUUCUCUCUAGUGAUCCUUGCUCGUGGCCUUCCAGAGGCAGCUCAUCGCUGGCCUCGCAUCACUCAGCCUGUUCUUAAACGGCCACGUCAUGUGCAUUGUCACCUGUGCUGUGCAGAUGGGCAUAUGCAGCAUGCAGUGAUCACUGCCCGCCGGCAUGGCAGGGAUUUGUAUCGCUGUGCCCGGGUGAGCUCCUGGGGAGAUCUUUUACCUAUAAUCACUCCGUCUGAACUUCCUCCAUCCCCUGCUCAGGAUCCCCCUGAGAGUUGA